CGCUGCUGCCUCGCCUGGGCGCUGCGCUCUCUCUGCGCUCCCCCAAAGUGGCUGCACGCCGCCCACUUCCAGGGUUGGGGGGACAGGCGAAGUGAUGUGCGCCUUCUAAAGCCUCGCAGAGCCGCAGCGGAAGCAGCUACACCUCUUCAACUUUCUCCCCGCCCCCACGCCUUCUCCUGACCCUGCCCUCCACCCUCCCCAAAGCCCCUUAGGGUGCGUGCGCUCGGGCGAGGGGGUCACCGGCUGCCCGGGAUGGCUUCCAAUUUUAAUGACAUAGUGAAGCAAGGGUACGUGAGGAUCCGGAGCAGACGCCUGGGGAUUUAUCAGCGAUGCUGGCUAGUAUUCAAGAAGGCCUCCAGCAAAGGUCCAAAGAGACUGGAGAAAUUUUCCGAUGAGCGAGCUGCGUAUUUUAGGUGUUAUCACAAGGUCACGGAACUCAACAACGUGAAGAACGUGGCGCGAUUGCCCAAGAGCACCAAGAAGCACGCCGUGGGGAUUUAUUUCAGUGACGAUACCUCCAAGACCUUUGCUUGUGACUCAGACCUCGAGGCUGACGAGUGGUGCAAAGUGCUCCAGGCGGAGUGCGUGGGGACGCGGGUCAACGACAUCAGCCUCGGGGAGCCCGACUUGCUGGCCACUGGGGUUGAGAGAGAGCAGAGUGAGAGAUUCAAUGUGUAUUUGAUGCCAUCUCCUAACUUAGAUGUACAUGGCGAAUGUGCCUUGCAGAUUACAUAUGAGCACAUCUGUCUUUGGGACGUCCAGAAUCCCAGAGUCAAACUCAUCUCUUGGCCGCUAAGCGCCCUGCGGCGGUACGGACGAGAUGCCGCUUGGUUCACUUUUGAGGCAGGGAGGAUGUGUGAGACUGGCGAAGGGCUAUUUAUCUUUCAGACACGAGAUGGGGAGGCCAUCUACCAGAAAGUCCACUCCGCUGCCCUGGCCAUCGCCGAGCAGCAUGAGCGCCUGCUGCAGAGCGUGAAGAAUUCCAUGCUGCAGAUGAAGAUGGGCGAGCGGGCCGCCUCGCUGAGCACCAUGGUGCCUCGCAGCGCCUACUGGCAGCACAUCACGCGGCAGCACAGCACCGGCCAGCUCUACCGCCUGCAAGAUGUCGCCAGUCCUCUGAAGCUUCAUCGAACAGAGACUUUUCCCGCCUACCGGUCGGAGCACUGACAGUAACUGUCCGGCCGUCCGUGUGACCUGCGUGGGGCGCGCCAGCCACCGAUCCCUCCAGGACGUCCCGGGACAGCAGCGAGAGAAGGAGAGAAGCUUCCAGCCCUGGCUCAUCCUGUGCUCUCAUUGGGAAACCGCAAUACAAUGUCUGUCUCUCCGUUUUUCCUUCUUUUCUUUUUGUUCCCUCUUUUCGUUCCAAACAAACAAACAGACCUUAGUGUAAUUGAAACAUGCUCUAUAGAUCUCGACCUCUUGUUCCCCGCGCACAGCAGGGCACAAAGGAGUCACUGUCACGCAACGAUUUUCUAUUGUAGAUACCGUGUCCCUUGCACUUCUCAGAAUCUGUCCUUUUGUGGGUUCUUGUGACGUUUCCUUCUGUGUUUCAAUUGUGCGGCAGUCGGUACUGACAAUA